CAAACCCAAACCCAAAUCCAAACCCCUCCUCCACUUCUCUCCUUCCUUCCUCAACAAUGCUGCCCCAUCUCUCUUUGCACUCCACUACUACUCCCCUCUUUUUCACUCCUCCCCACCACCACCUCUCUUUCUCUCUCCUCCCCACCAUACCACCACCACCACCACCACCACCACCACCUCAGCUCAAACACCAAUUCAGAGCCAUUGGUCCUCUCAGAUACAGCGUCCGCAUCGAGCACGGGGCGCAGAGCGAGGUUCUGGAGGUGGGCGAGGGCGAGACAAUCCUCGAACGGGCUCUCGACGAGGGGAUUGACGUGCCCCACGACUGCAAGCUCGGCGUCUGCAUGACCUGCCCUGCCAGGCUCAUGAGUGGUGUAGUGGACCAGAGUGAGGGCAUGUUGAGCGAGGAUGUGGUGGCUGAGGGCUACGCUUUGUUGUGUGUAUCGUAUCCGAAGUCCGACUGCCACAUAAAGACCAUACCUGAAGAGGAGCUUCUCUCUCUACAGCUUGCUACUGCUAAUGACUGAGUGAGGAGAGAGAAAUUGGGCUCUCUCUCUCUCUCUCUAGCACACACACAUAUGAGCAUGGGAUGGGACGAAGUCAGGGGUAAUCUGUACUUCAGGACUGGUGCAAUGCCUUUCGGUAUUGGAGCUAUCAAUUUGAGAUAAGGGUUCAGAGCUACGUCUCUCUCUUCAAAAAGUUAUUCAAAGAAACAAAUAGCCUGGAAAAGUAUUCUCAUGCUUUUUGUUUUAAUUUCUUAUGUCUUGGGGAGUUGAAAUAUGUAUAGUUCCUGCUACUUGUAACAAUUGCAUGAAGUUGAUCCAUGGAUGAUGUUGAUUUUGGAUGUCUC